AUGAAAUCCUUCAGGAAACUUGAGAUGAUUAAACAGGAUUUUGAGGAACAAAGAGCUAAAGAUAAAAUUUUUAAUGUAACCUCAGACAAAACAGGCGGUUUAGUAAUAAAAAGGAUGAAAGUAUUCAUAAGCAAGAAAAUCCUCAGCUUCAUAAAAGCUAUGUACCUAAGACUGUUUCAUAUUUAUAGAAUGUAUUUUAUUUGAAGGAACUUGAUAAGAGAAAAAGUGGCAAUAUCGCUAAACCUUCAAAAGUGACUCCUUCAAAAGGAAAUAAAUUUAAGAUUAUAAAGGUUAAGAGAAAGACAGAGUUGGGGAUGAACUCAAAAUCUAAUAACAAACCCUUGACAAGGCUUACAAAGAUGAGGAGAAAGAGCAUAUCGAGUUCUUCUGAAAGUUUUUCUUACAAAGAAGACUCUAAUGUAAAGGCCAAUGAUAAAAUUAAGGAGGGUAGAAUACCCACAUUAAGUACAAACCAGAUGACAAUGAGUACUCAAGGAUUUCUUAAUAUUCCAGUUAUAAACAUGGAAAAGUGAGUAAUUCACGACCCAUUUCUAAUUUAUGACUAGUUCUAAAACUCCGAUCAAUCAAAACUCUUCUAAAGUAAAAGAUCUUUGCAACAGCCCCUUGAUUAAAAAUCAUUCUUCAAGGAACACUAGCUCCAUCAUUGGAAGGAGGAUGGGCAAAAACCUAUCUGCAAUAGGCCCUCAAAAUACUAAAAUUUCUGCUGACUGAAGUAAAAGUGCGACUGUGAAGAAGUGUCCAAAC